UUACAUCACAAAACACAACAAAAACACAAAAGAUCAAACAAGAACCGAAAAUGGCAGCACGAGCCACAACAUUUUAUGCCCUCUUACAAGUAUCCCUCCAACUCCUCCUAACAUGUCACGUAACAUUCGCCGCCGGAGGAAAAUGGGAUCUCCUCCUCUCCAACGUCGGAAUCUCCGCUAUGCACAUGCAGCUCCUCCCCAACGACCGCGUCGUGAUGUUCGACCGAACCAACUUCGGACCCUCAAACAUCUCUCUUCCCAACGGUAACUGCCGUAACAACCCACAAGACGCAGUCUCCAAAAUAGACUGCACAGCUCACUCCAUUGAAUACAAAGUUGAAUCAAACACCAUCCGUCCAUUAACUGUACAAUCCAACACAUGGUGCUCCUCCGGUUCUCUUAGACCGGACGGCGUUCUUGUCCAAACCGGUGGCGACCGGGACGGAGAGUUAAAAGCGAGAACAUUCACUCCUUGUAGUGACGAAGAAUGUGACUGGGUCGAGAUUAACAAAGGCUUAGCAAGGAGGAGAUGGUACUCCUCUAAUCAUAUUCUUCCCGACGGUAAACAAAUCAUUAUCGGAGGUCAAAGACAGUUCAACUACGAGUUCUUUCCCAAAACGACAUCUCCCAACGUUAUCGACUUGCCGUUUUUGGCCGAGACUAAUGAUAGAGGAGAAGAGAAUAACCUUUAUCCUUACGUUUUUCUCAAUACCGAUGGAAAUCUAUUUAUAUUCGCUAACAACCGAGCGAUACUACUCGACUAUGUUAAUAACAAGGUGGUGAAAACUUAUCCAGCGAUUCCCGGCGGUGAUCCUAGGAGUUACCCUAGCACUGGCUCAGCGGUGUUAUUACCGUUGAAGAAUCUUGAAGCGGACAAGAUUGACGCGGAGGUUUUGGUGUGUGGAGGUGCACCGAAAGGAUCGUUCAUCCUCGCUUUUAGAAAGAGAACGUUCGUGAAAGCCCUUGACACGUGUGCGAGGAUCAAGAUUAACGACGAGAAUCCUCAAUGGAUGGUUGAGAAGAUGCCACGUGCUAGAGUCAUGGGAGACAUGACGCUUUUACCUAACGGAGAUGUGUUGCUUAUCAACGGUGGUUCUGCUGGCUCAGCUGCAUGGGAGCUUGGUCGUGAACCUGUAUUCGUACCGGACAUGUACCAUCCCGAGAAUCCGGUUAACUCGAGGUUCGAGUCGCUUAACCCGAAUACAAUACCGAGAAUGUACCACUCUACAGCGAUUCUUCUACGUGAUGGGAGAGUUCUUGUCGGAGGAAGUAACCCUCACGGGUUUUACAACUUCACCGGAGUGCUUUUCCCGACCGAGCUGAGCUUGGAAGCUUUCUCUCCGGCUUACCUAGAACCGGAGUUUGCUAAAUUUCGGCCGAAGAUUACGUCUCCUAAGUCGCAGUCAACGAUUACGUAUGGGACGAAUUUGAAGGUGAAGUUUAAGGUCUCUGGAAAAAUCAAGGGUCCAGUUAAAGUGACUAUGGUGUUUCCAUCGUUCACGACACAUUCGUUUUCGAUGAACCAGAGGCUUUUGGUUUUGGACAAUGUUAAAGUAAAGAGAACAAGUUCUGUUUUUGGUGCUUUGUUUGGUAAGUCGAAGCACUAUGAGGUUCAAGUGAGGACUCCAAGAUCGGCGAUUAUAGCACCGCCUGGUUAUUAUAUGAUGUUUUUGGUGAAUGAAAACGUACCAAGUGAAGGUAUUUGGGUAAGGUUACAGUGAUUCGAAUUCAUUGGCUUGAUUAUUCUCUUCAAGUUGUGUAUGUUUUUAAUACAAAAACAUAACCAUGACUUUUUAAUUAUUUGAAGACUUGUAAUUUGUAAAGUUUACUUGGGUGAAGUGUAUCUUUUGAUUGACAAAAUUUCACUUUUUGGUUAAUAAAAAAAUUGUAUUUGUUGUAGUAAAAAUGGCAAAUCUCUUACACUUUUUAAAGUUUAUAAAAGAAAUUGCACUCAAUAAUUAAAAUUAUCAAAACAGCACUAAUUUGCAAGAAAAAAAAAACAAACUACUGAAAUUAUAAUAGUUUUUAGUUCUUAAAUGCUAACCCCCUAAAUUAUAAUCACUAAACCCUAAGCUCAAAUAUAUUUUUUUGACAAAUUUUAUUUUUUUUUAAAUAUUUUCAUUCUAAUUUUUCACAAAUAUGAUUUACUGCUAUUUGAAAGUAUUUAUCUAAUAAGAAUGUGUGCUCUCGACUCGAUGAUUAUUAGUUCAUUGGUUAUUCCUUUUUCAUGUCUGGCCUUAGAGCACCAUUAACUGGAGUGCUUAAAAGGAUGCCUAGGGGUGAACUCCACCAUAAUAUACUAAGAAACGUUGCCAAAAACUCCAAAUUAAGCACCGAGUCUUGCUCUGUUUUGCAGGCUCCACUAACACGUGGCAGCCCGCAAUUGGUUUGUUUUUAAUUUUUAUUUUUUUAAUCAGGUAAAAAAAGAAUAAAAAAUAAGUGUCCAAAAUGGGUUUAUGGGUUAAAGAUGCUCUUAGCCAAGAAAAAACAUUCUCUGUAUGUCAUAUUCUCAUUGACGUAUAAAACUUUAAGACUAGUGUGUUAGAAGAAAUCGGCAAUUCAAGUUUCACAUCAUAUAUUAGACAGAAAAAUAGUUUUAUAUAUUUGAUCAAGCUAUAAGGUUGUUUGGGGAGUAACCCAAAAAUAAAUUUGGAGAAUUCACGCCCAAAGCGCUUUAUGUCUUUCUUUCUUACUUAUGUGUUCAACUGUUCAUGAAUUCACCGCUGGAGCAAAUACCAUGUAUGUGUUCAACUGUUCAUGAAUGUUCUGUGUUUGUUUUUUCUUUUUUUUGAAAAAAGGGCUAUGUUCUGUGUUUGUUAAUUAGUUAUUUAUCACUAGGAAACAUGGUACGACCAGAAUAAUUAACAUGCAACGAACCAGGAUAAACAUCCCCUGGAAUGACUAAAACGUAACAGACUUGACUUGUAUAAUCAAUUGUUGCAUGUUUGAUGUUGACACAGCAUUACCCAUAUUUGUCCUUGCAGCCUACCGAUCAAAUUAGUAUCACAAAUAAUCGAAAUAACAUAGUAAGUCAAACCAAUGAUAACGUAAUAGCCAAUAAUGAAAAUUGUUCGUUCCACGACAUAUCAUAUAUGAUUUAAACAAUGUUUGAAACGAAUCAAAUUAGAAAGAUAUUUGUCAUCUAAGCAACAAAGAAGGAAUAUUCAUUUACAUAUACGGGGCCAUAAAAACAGUGAAGUUGAUGUUACCAAAUAGGUAAACAUCUAAGGAUUUGUUUUGUGUGAAGAAGUUAUCAUAAUCAGAAUCUCAUCCCCCCUGCAGCUGUGUUCAAUACCAUUGAUAAGGAGAUUCGAAACAUAAUCUCGGCUAGGAGGCGCAGGAAGCUUUUUGACUCACUAAUGGUCAUUUGGUUGAGAUAGUUAGUGAGUUGUGGUUACUUUUGUGAGCAAUCUUGUGAUUCUACCUGUUUUUUAUUUCUUUUUGCCAGGGAGAAUCAGAGCUUAGUUAGUUCUUUGUAACAAUUUUUAUUCAUUUUAUGAUAUUUACAGCUUUAGCAAAAAAAAAAAAAAGUUAUCAUAUAUACUUUUAAAAAUAUAAUUAAACUGGAAUUACACUGUUGGAACUAGUUUAAUUUUAGGGCAAUUCUAUUAAAUAAUCAUUUUUAAGUUUUUAUCACAAAAAUAACUAUAAAAAUGAUCAAAAUAACUCUUUUUAAUUUUAAAAUUUUUCAUUUUUAUUUUUUCAAAUUUCAAACCCUAUAUCAAAAACCUAGGAUCGGGCCUGACUAAAAGCUGACCAAGCAUAUGUUUGGAGCCCUAAAGUUUACAAUUAUAUUAAGGACCAAUAAUUGCGACAAAAGCGAAGUCAGUUCUACUGGUCUUUGAAGAAAUCAGAUGUUCAAGUCGCUGAAGGCCUAAAAGUGUAUUAUAUGCUUGGGGCCCAUAAAACUCAGGUCCAACCCUGCCAAAACUCCACCAUUUAACUCUAAAUCAUAAAUAUAUAUUAGUUAACCUUAUGAUAAAAAUGUUUUUUUAUCCUUCAAAAAAACUUAUUUUGGUCAUUUUCUCGGUGAGAGUUAUUUUUGUGACAAAACUUAAAUGGCUAGCAUGCAACGAACCACAAGAAAUUAACAAUUAACAGGCGGUUGUUUACCAUGUUAUUGUGUGUUCUUUCAUUUAUAACAAUAAAAA